CUUCCUCCCCCGACCCUCACCAUGGCUAUCGAGCCAUUUCUGGGCACAAGAGCCCAAAAGGCGUUCAUUGCUACCACUACCCUGCAGGCGAUCGUAGUGCUUGUGAUGGUCGCAAUCACAUUUGGCAUUGUUGACAAGCACGUUGCUUUGCGGUCGACCCUGAACUACAAGACGUUGCCAUGCUAUCUUGCCCUCUUCGGAUUAGCAGAAUUAUUCCAAGUGUUCAUGGCUUUCGAUGCUCUGCGACUGCGAAAUGUCAUCCAACUCUUCGGAAUACUAUGUUUCCAUGCUGCUAUGAUGGUUUUUGCUGCAAUUCAGGUUGGGCAAACGAAGACAGCUCUAGUGACGCGAUCGGCUGCAGAAUGCGCAGUAAAUUUUAGUUUUGUGAACUGUGAUGGUCCUGGGACUCUUUUCAAUCAAGUCAAGCCUUUCCUGAUUGUUGCACCUUGUGUCAUUGGGGUAUCAUGGGUCGCGCUCAUAUAUUUAACGAAGCAGCUGUAUGAAGAGUUCGGCUGGGCCAUCUUCCACGUCGUCGGUGCAAAUCCGAGAUUGAAGACCAUGUAUCAAUACUACCAGAUCAUGAUCUGUCUCCUCAAAUUCGAUUUCUUCUUCUUUACCGGCGUCACUAUGCAGCUUCUGAUCCUCGUUUUGCAAACCAGUGAAGCAGAAUUCGGUAUCACUAUAGCCGCCAUCCCUGUUGUCCUAGUUCUGUUGAUCCUCUGUGGUCUGGCGGUCCAGCGAGAAAUCAAACCUAUCAUGGCCGUAUCUCUCGUGAUGAUGUUGGCCUCUUUAAGCUAUUUCCUGUAUAAGCUUGUCCGCUUUUACCAGCCAGGUAGUCGAGAACAGUACGAAACGACAAGAGCGUCCCUGACGAUUACCACAAUCAUCGCUUUCCUACUGCUGUUCGCAACUUUUGCAGUCGGGCUGCGGUGUUUCUCUGACUUUGACCGAGGAUUGCAAGCGUCGAAAAUGGCAGCGGCAAAAACACCUCCGGCUCUCCAAUCAAAGGAAUCCUCGAAGAGCGGGACUGAGGGUGUUCCCCUGGGUCCUCGGAUAUCCAUUGAAUAG